UCAUGCUUUGUCUUAUCUUUUCAGCUUCUCUGAAUGCUCUGGAAACUGGUGCCACCAGCCAAGACGUCUUAUGAUGGUGUUCAAGGUGGCAAAAUGACUCUGGAGUGCAAGUACACUGUAGGGCCAGAGGACACUGGAACACUGGACAUAGAAUGGUUUCUAGUGGCAGCGGAUUCCCAACAAGCUGACCAUAUGAUUAUUAAUUACAACACGGGUGUAGUGUACCAGCACACUGGACCACUGAAAGAUCGAGUGCACUUUUCAUCUAGUGACCCUGGAAGUGGUGAUGGCUCUAUAGAGAUUACUAACCUGCAGGAAUCAGACACUGGGACAUAUCAAUGCAAAGUAAAGAAGCUUCCCGGCUCCCAGAACAGGAAGAUGCGUCUGACUGUGUAUAUUAAGCCAGGAAAGACCAGGUGUUUUGUUGAUGGAAAACAGGAGAUUGGAAGUGAUUUUGCCCUUAAAUGUGACGCCAAAGAAGGGUCUGCUCCACUUACCUACGCCUGGGAGAAGACCAGUGGGCUGGAGAAGCUUCCACCCUCAACACCAGAUGUAUCAGGAGGUGUUCUCAGUGUGAAAAAUGCUUCUCAGGAGUAUAGUGGAACAUACAGAUGUACAUCCCGAAAUAGAGUUGGAACUGAUGAGUGCUUGCUUAUCCUCAAUGUUGUUCCCCCUGCAAACACAGCUGGGAUUAUCGCUGGAGCCAUUAUUGGGACAUUACUCUUCCUUAUUAUUGUGGGCAUUUUGGUCUUCUGUUGCUGCAGAAAACAAAAAGAAAAAAAAAUAUGAGAAGGAAAUACAACAUGAAAUAAGAGAGGACGUUGCUCCACCAAAAAGCCGGACUUCCACUGCUCGGAGCUAUAUAGGAAGCAAUCACUCCUCACUGGGAUCCUUGUCCCCAUCAAACAUGGAUGGUUAUUCAAAGGCCCGUUACAACCAGGUACCAAGUGAAGAGCAUGAGCAUCCAGCAAGCCAAAAUCCAAGCUUCAACGCUCCCAAGGUAGCAGGUCCAAAUCUUAGCAGAAUGGGGGCCAUUCCUGUCAUGAUUCCAGCACAGAGCAAAGAUGGCUCAAUAGUGUGA